AGUAGGAUUCGAUUCAAGGAGACUCGCAAUGUUCGGUGGUUCAAAGAAAGGGCUGGAAGAUGAAUUGUUCAAUCUCAAGUUUGUAUCCAAGCAGCUGCAACGAGAGUCGAAGAAGGCGGAGAAGGAGAUGAUCAAGGAGAAGGAGAAAGUGAAGAAGGCUCUGGAACAAGGAAAACAUGAUAUAGCUGAGAUCCAUGCACAAAAUGCAAUUAUGCAGAAAAACCAGAAUUUGAACUACUUGAGAAUGUCUUCGCGCAUUGAUGCUGUAGCUGGCAAACUUGGAGCAGCGAUGAAAAUGCAGAAAGUUACAAGCUCCAUGGCUCAGAUCACGAAGUCGAUGGGUAAAGUGCUUCAGACGAUGAAAUUGGACAAGAUUGAAGCAAUCAUGGACAAAUUCGAGAAGGUCUUUGAGGACGCAGACGUCAUGUCCGCCCAGGUCACUGGAGCGAUGCAGAGCAGCACGUCCAUGUCAACGCCACAAAGUGAAAUCGAGGAGCUCCUGCAACAGGUUGCUGAUGAGAAUCAAAUCGAGCUCAGAGAAAACAUGCCGCAAGCGGGCAAGAAUGUCGCCAAGGAAAGCGAACCGGUGCAAGAGGAGGACGAGCUCAUGAGGAGACUGGCGCAACUCAAGGCUCCGCAAUAACGAAAGAGCUCGAAGCUAGAUGCGGAAGGAGACAGGACAAUUCCUAUGAAGCCAUUGAUGGAAUGGACUUUGGUGGCAUGGCGACUUUUCCGACGGGGAUUUGAUUCAUGGGUGUACUUCACUCAAUCAUAUUCAUCGCAAAAGAAUGGGAGUAUUAUUAGACAAUUUUGUAAUCAUAUCCGAUGUUUCAAUGGUCGUUUAAUGAAAAGUUUGGAACUGC